AUGGCCGGCUUUAACCCAGUUGCUGAUCUGAAACCCUUCAAAUCAAUGUGGAAGAUCAGGGUGAAGAUCAUACGCCUUUGGAAACAGUUUACUGCUGCUGGUGGUUUAACCAUAGAGAUGGUUCUUAUUGAUGCUAAUGGUGAUAAGAUUCAUGCAACUGUGAAGAAAGAAUUGGUUAACCAGUUCGAUAUCUUUCUUGCUGAAGGGAAAACAAAGAUGAUGAUCAACUUAUCACUAAAUCACUCAUGUGGCUCCUACAGAACAACAAAUCAUCUUUACAAGAUCAGUUUCCUUGCGACUACCCGUGUCAAAAUCUGUGAGGAUUUGCCAAGAGCUAUUAAUGGGUUUCAACCUGUUAAUUACCGUGAGAUUCUUGAUGGUACACUCAACUCGGAUCAUUUGGUUGAUGUCAUAGGCCAGGUAGUGGAAGUUAGCCAAGUUGAUGUGUUGUCGGUGAAUGGAAAAGAUACCCAGAAUAUUACUUUGGAACUACGUGAUCUUGAGGAUGUUCGUCUUCCACUUGUGUUGUGGGGAAGCUUUGCUUCUGAUGUGAGUAAUGCGAUGCAGACCCGUCGUGAUGAAGCACUAAUUUAUGAUCGUAGCAUUUCAAAUGCGUAUAAUGUUUCAGAUGUCAGUUUGAAUCCAUACAUGACUGAGGUUGAAGAGUUUAAAUCUAAGUAA